UCACUGCAUGAAAGAAGACUACGCAACAAGACUGCAUCUGCUAAAUACCGAGCCAAAAAGAAUCAGCAACACGGAGAGAUGAGGUCCAUGAUUGCUUCAUUGACCAAAGAAAACGAGUUGUUGCUACGUCAACUAGAUCACGUUCAGCAUGAAAAUGGACACCUUAAAACAACAUGUGAUAGACUUCGAGGUAAAAUCAUGGCCCAGAAAAUGUUGAAACAGUAUUUGGUCGAAGCCGAACACCAGCAAGUC